UGGAACGACCAGAUAGGACUUAGGACAAGUCCCCUAGAACUUAACAAAGCUAUCUGAUGGACUAUCUUUUUUCCUAACAGGUUGGUUAGCAAAGGGUAUAGAGAUGCCGGACGCGGAUAGAAUCGAGCGAGGCCCAGCAGCUACGCCGGCAGACUUUGUCAAGGCCCUUGAGAAAAGGGAGUUGGCACGACUACAAGUACCGAAGGUUGACAUCUUCUGGUUCGAAGGGGCGAGGGUGUCUAAAUGGCUAGAGUUGUUAGAACAAGUUACAGGCAAGGCGUCGGAUGAGGACAAGUUCAAGUUACUACCCAGAUACGUCUGGUGGGAAAUCCGGACCGAGAUAAUGAAAGUGGCUGCCGGAGCAGGCGGAGAUUGGGCUAAGUUCAAAGGAGAGAUGCAAAGGCGCUUCAAGCUAGGGGAUGGUCUGCUAACGAAGACAGACCUAGAAAUGUUGCAGAGAGAUGAGUUCUCCACGGUGGGGGCUUUCAUAACGGCAUUCGAAAAGAUGGCAAGAAAAGUCCCAGGGUUGGCUGAAGAAGAGCAGUGCGCAACCUUCCUGAGGCAUUUCAAGAAUUGGGAGGCCUCUGCGCUAACCAAGAAGGCUGCGUCGGGGAAGAAGUUGACUUGGGCUGCCAUAAAAGAAGGCGUGAUAGAUGGAAAGUUGGAUCAAGUGGACAUCUUCCAAAUGCGACAGGCUAGGAAGAAAAGGAAGGCCUUGGACGCCACGGCGAGUGACGGGCGAGACUUUAAGAAAAUGGUAGAGGAUGCGGUCGCCCAACUUGAUGAGGCGAAAGAGGCGAAGGCAGCAAAGAAGACUAUGGCGGCUCCGCAGGUCCAAAGGAAAGCAAAGAAAGCCGUGGUACAAGAAGAAGAGGAAGAAGAACCUGAGCCUCAAAAACUAACGAAGGCUCAGAGAAAAGCGAAGAAUCUGGCCCAAGGCGGACAAGGCUCAGGAAGAGGUCAGGUCCCACAGGCAGCGGCAAUGCCACCACCUAAGUCGCAUGGUCAGGCCGCGCCAGCACCCUAUGGGCCGUGGCCGGGUUAUGAACCUCCAAUUCCUAAGCACGACUUCCUGCGGAUAUCCAGGACCCCAGUCUCAGCAGGGUCGCAAGGUGGGUCUGGGAACUUACCAGGCGUCACGAUUUCGAGACCGGCGCCUCGGUCCGGCAUGGCUUAUAGGCCACCCUCCAGAAUAGGGAGAGUACCACAUGCUGUCAGGACAAGGGCCAAGGGUACGGUGAACCCCGAGGAACCGGCAAAGGAUGUUCCUGAGCCCAGUGGGGAGAAAGAGGUGGUAGAUGUUCCAGAGGGAGAGGAUGAUGAGGAUGACAGGUUGAGAAAAGAAGAGGAUGAGAAGGCUGAGCAGCGGUCCAAAAAAAGAGGUGCCAAGCCUGACACGGAUAAGGUCUCAGAGGUAAAGAAAAAGAAGUACGCCGUCCGAGUAGAGGAGGGGUUUGACGUAGAGGAGAUCAUGGACAGGAUCCUUGAGGGUCAUAACCAUCUUAUGAACCUAAACGACGUCCUGGCCUCGGCGCCAAAGCUCAGGGAUGAGCUGAAAGCGCGGUUGUCUAGAAAGAUGGUGGCUAGUGCACGAUUAGGGAACAUAAUCCCUAAAGAGGCGGAAUGGGCUGAGAUAGGUACCAAGAUGGAUUGGAAGUCGGUCGCAUGUGGGUGCCUAGAUGUAGUGGUGAAGGGAAAGACAUGUACAGCGAUGGUGGAUAGUGGCGCGAAGAUGAACCUUAUAAAGGAGGAGCAUGCUUUGCGCCUAGGGAUGGAAGUAGAUCGUUCUGAUAAUGGGGUCUUGAUGGGGGCGAAUAGUCGAUCGGUGUUCAUAGGGACCGCAUCAUCAAUAAUUCUGGAAAUCGGGAAAGUGAAAGGGUGGACGAAUGUGGUUGUCAUGGUCCAGAGGCACAUGGUGAGGGCGACGCAACCCAUAAGUCCUCACAUUACGCAGCCCUAUAUUAAUGAUCUGGCCGUGAAAGGGCCUAAGGAGAAGGAAGAGCAGGAGGUGAGGCCGGGAAUUAGACGCUUUGUUUAUGAUCAUGUGCAAGACUUGUGCAAAGUCCUGGACCUACUAAAGGAGCAUAACCUCACUGCCAGUGGGCCAAAGUCGAGGCACUGCAUGAGCGGGGCCACUAUCUUAGGAUUUGUGUGCGACGAGAGGGGUCGUCGGCCAGAUACUAAGAAGACCAACAAGAUUCUCGAAUGGCCAACACGGUUCGAGACUAUCACGGAGGUGAGGAGCUUUCUGGGAACAUGCGGAUUUUGGAGGAUCUUCAUAAAAGGGUUUGCGGCGAAGACUGAGCAUCUGCGAAAGCUUGUGCGUCAGGACCAAGAUUGGGAAUGGGGAGAUAGGCAAGAAUCGGUGAUAGAAGGUCUGAAAAAAGAGUUUGAGGAAGGAGGUCUAGUACUGGGGGUACCAGAUCAUGCGGCGGUGAUGACCAGGCCCUUCAUUGUGGAAACGGACGCAGGGUCAACUGCUUUAGGAGGUGUGUUGAUUCAACGAGACCCCAAUGGGGAAGAAGGACCGCUAAGGUUUGAGAGUCGGAUGCUUCAUACAGCUGAGAGGAACUACUCUCAGUUUAAGCGCGAAACCUUGGCAAUUCUUCACUGUUUAAGGAGUUUCAGAAACUACCUCUUCGGCAGCAGGUUUGUACUGAGGGUGGACCCAACUGCUCUAGCUGGCUCUCUCAAAAACUUCGCUCCUUCGGAUCCGACCAUCGCCAGGUGGCUAACGUACAUCCGGAUGUUCGACUUCGAGUUGAAGCGAAUUCCGGGGAACAAGAAUAGAGCAGACGGGCUGAGUCGAGUCGACUGGGACAAGAACAAUCAGGGAGUGAUCGAGGAUGCUCCACCAGUUGACGGGUUCCUGGACAGUGAGGAGGAUGUGAGGCUUCACAUCAACUCCUGGUCAUUGGUCGAAGAGGUGGUCAGGAAUAUGGUGCAAGAUCAAGAAGAGGGUGAUAAUGUGGUCCACGAAAGAGAAGACGACGAUUUUGAAGAAGGAGAGAUUAAGGAAGCAUUUCGAGCAGAGGAAUAUGAAGGAGUAUACCUUGAACUCGAAAUGCUUCUGUCGUGUGAGAUGAGGGAAAGGGACGCUUGCGCGAGGAUUCUGAAGAUGAGGCCAAACUUUCUAGUAAGGGAUGACCAUCUAUUCAUGAGAAGCAAAGGGAAGGCUCCCAGAAGAGUAGUCUGCGGCGCCGCUCGCCAGAUUGACGUUAUGGCGGCACUGCACGAUGGUACGGCAGGUGGCCACAGAAGCGCAGAUACGGCAUAUCUCAAGAUACACGAACUAUACUAUUGGGAUGGCAUGAGACAGAUGAUCGAUGACUAUUGUAAAUCUUGUGUACCUCUCUUAGACCUAGAGAGCCGCUGCACCCAAGCACGUCAGGCACGUGAACGAAGGAGUCUGGAAAAGAGGAGGGAAGCAGAGGCGGCUGAAAGAAGGACUUUUGAGCAAGGCAUGUCUUCAGGGACUCAGAGGGAGGACAGGAGGAAGGAGCACAGACCCCAUAAGUACGAGGGAGCAGGAGGGUCAGGUGGUCCAGGGGUGCCUCCACAGCCUACUCAGAGAGAGGUGGAUUGUCCUAUGCCGGACAUAGAGCCAGACGAGCCUCAUGAGCCACAUGUGCAGGAGCGCAAGGAGGAGCAGUCUGCCCAGGAGAAGGAAUUAGAUAGGAAAGAGAGAGCGGCAAGAGAUCAAGAGAUCAAGGUUCAGCUCAGGAUGAAGAACCUUGCAGAGCUGCAUGAGAGGAUGGAGCAAGGAAACGAGCCUGAGGAGGUGGAUGACAAAGGUGGUAAAGGUACUCGCACUCAGGAAGAGGACCUUCCCCUAUUCUCAGAGGUAUGGGUCAACUUUGACAAGCUGAUGGAAGCUGCAGGGAAGUCUGGAGGGCACCACUAGGAGAUAGGGAUUAAGUUAGUCUCCACAGACUUACUCAACCUGAGAGGCAUGAUGAUGGAAGGCUUUGUGGCAGCCAGAGCGUCA